AUGCGGGUCCUUCAUUUCGCCUUUGCCUCAGCUAGUUCUAAUAUAAAAAGUCAGCAUACGCGAUGUAUUUUUUUUAUUCUAUUUUUCACUCCUCUUCUAGAUAAUAUGGUUAUCGACAAGUGCGUUCAAGAAUGCUCCGGCGAAGAGGAGAGGCUUCUUUCGUUCAAAGAUUCAUGCGUCGUCAUCGAGAACGUCUUUGGUUCCUCGCAGUACGGAGCCAGUUUGUUUCUAUCUGGCUUGGCACGGCUGAAGCAUAGACGUCUGCUAGAUUUACUGUUUUCGGGCAAUGCUUCACGAGCGAUCGAGACGCUGUUUUAUGCAAUUCAUCCAAUAAAAGAGGAUAAGCACGUGGAGGUACAUCUGAGUGGUUCUGUAUUUUUUACCCACUGGCCCAAUUUGGUUACGAUUACAGCUGCAUUCAGCAUUCCUGAUAAGAUGCUUCGCACGUCUAGCUUGUGGACUUGGAAAAAAACAAGAGAAGGUGUCUACCUAUUGUCUCGCUUUGAGAAUGUUCACCUAUCCCUUGUUAUGCAAGAUGUCAUCGAAGCUGACAACAUAGCGAAAAUGGAAAAAUCGCCAGCUCUGGUCGAGAAGAUCCUUAAAAAGUCUGAGUUACGACAACUUUGGUGUGGGAAGAACAGUUCAAGAGUGUGGGAGAAGUUAAUGGUAAGCUGUCGCGAGGAAAUGCUAUACCUAGUUUGGAGGAAUAUAGUAGCUAAACACGUUCUCGAAUUAGCCAAUCACCCAUCCGCCAAUUUUCCUCUGCAGAAGUUCAUUGCUAAUGUGAAGUCUUUGGAAUUGGUGACUAACACCUGUCUAUUUUCUUUCUUCCUUCUGGUGGCCCUACUUCAGUGCGCUUCAAAUCAUGAAGUCCUACAGGAGCCGAUUUUGAAAGAAUUACGAAAGUUCUUCAGGGCAAGCAUGGCAAAAAAUCGGUGUGGUUCUCAUGUUAUCCAAGCAGCGCUGAGAAGUAGCUCUCUUGGGGACAACGUGAAGGAGAAACUGAUAGCCGCUUUUGAGGAUGACUGGGAAUCUCUUAUUUCGGACGUCUACGGCAGUCAUGUUUUCGAAUCGAUCUGGACCUGUUCACUUUACAAUGUGAAACGACGUCAGGACUUAAUGAAAAAACUCGUACCUAUUCAUAACGACUCCAAGUUCUGGAAAUUCGCCAUGCUACGCUGUGAUAUGUAUUUGUUCCGAAAAGACCGUAAAGCUUGGGUCGAGAAGAUGAAAAAAUCAAUAAAAGAGGCAGAACAUUAG